AUCACAAACAGCUUUCAGAAGCUCACACAAAGGUAUGAUAGCGAGCGUGAAAGAGUUCUUUGAACGUGAGAAGACCACAGGAGCGCCAAUUCUCUUUGGCAACGUAAUCAAGCGAACUGCAGAAGCUCUGCAAGUGUCACCUGCGUCUGUGAAGCGAGUUGGAAGUGAAAUGAGAUCACAAGGGUUUGUCAGCAGUCCAGCAAAGCUGGGUAGAAAAUCAGGGUCAGGAGCAGCACAGCAAGAAACGGAUAACUUCUUAGAAGGGGUUAUUCGUCGUAGAAUACACAGAUUCUACACCAGCAGUGAACUGCCCACCAUGGAGAAACUUCUGUUGGCCUUGCAAGAAGACGUUGAGUAUCCAUUUGGGAGGACAACGUUGUAUGCCACUGUCAGGCGGAUGGGGUUUCGCUACAAGCGACGAAACAAAAAGGUUUCAUUGUAUGAGCAGCAUAGAAUAAUUGCAGCGAGACACGAUUACCUGAGAAAAAUACAAACUUUCCGUUCCGACAAUAGAACGAUAGUCUACCUGGAUGAAACCUGGUUGAACGCCCAUCAUACCCAUGAACGUUGCUGGCUAGACUAUGAUAGCAGAGGUAUCCGAGUGCCAUCAGGAAAAGGUGGUAGGCUCAUCAUUCUCCACGCUGGCAGUGGGCACGGCUGGAUUCCCAACGCAGCUCUCAUUUUCAGGGGUAAAAAGGGAAGCGGGGAUUACCACGAUGAAAUGAAUACCAAGCAUUUUAUGGAAUGGUAA